AUGGAACCCACCACACCACCAACCCUCCUCACCCUCCCACCGGAACUCCUCAACCUCACCCUCUCCCACCUGCGCUUCCCGGACUCGUACCACCUCCGCGCCACCUGCCGCCUCUUCGCCUCCCUCAUCCCGGCCCUCCCACCAUCUUCACAACCAGACUGGCGACUCCUCCUCGACGCAGAAAAGGGCCGGUGGGCCCGCAAGCGCAACCGGCUCGCCUGCGUGCACUGCGCGCGCCUGCUGCCCGCGACGCGCUUUACGGAUAGGGCGAAGAGCUGGAGGAACGGAGAGUGGCGGGCGUGCGAUGCGUGUCGGGCGUGUCCGGAGAGUAGGGGGGCGAAGGUGCUGGCGCUGGGUGGAGAGUGGGAGAGGGAGGCUUCCACCACUUGCCCCACCGCACAUUUCACAAUGGCUCUUGCUAUCGGCGUGCUCGUCGGAGCGGCAGUGAUUGCUGCACUUUACAGAUAUGUGCUAUACCCGGCCUUCUUCUCACCCCUGGCGAAGAUUCCCGCCGCAAACUUCAGUGCACGCUUUUCCAAUCUCUGGCUCCGCUACAUCCGCUACUUCGAAAUCGAAAACUGGACCGUCUACUCCUUACACGCGAAACAUGGACCCAUCGUACGGCUCGGCCCAAACGAGCUCAGUAUCAAUUGUGUAGAAGAGGGAAUAAAAACCAUCUACCCCAGCUUUCCCAAAACAGCAUUCUACUCUCAGUUCGACUUCUUCGGCCACACAAACGCCUUCACAACCCUCGACACCCCGACCCACGGCUUCCGCAGACGCAUGUUCUCCCACGCCUUCUCUAAAUCCGUCCUCCUCUCCUCUUCCUCCCUCCGCGCCACGACCGCCGCCAUGCUGUACUCCCGUCUCCUCCCCGUGCUCUCCUCGCACGCCGCCGAUGGCGGCCACCCGGUCGACGUUCUCCCCCUCGCACAUUCCUACGCCAUGGACGCUUUCACCGCUUUCCAGUUCGGCCUGCGGCGGAGCAGCAAUUUCUUACUGGAUAAGGGCGAGCGCGAGUGGUACAUGGACAGCAUGUACCUGUUCAAGAAGCUGGGCUUCUGGGUCACGGAGAUGCCGAUCGCGGUGGCGUGGCUGCGGCGGGUGGGGGUGCACGUCAUCCCCGCGUGCGUGGGCGAGCAGUUGGCCGGUCUGGAGGCGUGGAAUAUGGCCAAAUUCGAGGGCGCGGAGAGGGCUGUAGUAGCAUCCGAUGACAAGGAGGAAAAGGAGCAGAUUGGCGAGGAGGAAAGGAUCGAGGAAGAAAAGCCGGAGAACAAACCCACCAUCUUCGCCGCGCAGUUCGCAGCGUUCAAAAAGGCUUUCGGCGACGAUUUCGCCGAUGAGAAGCACGCCUCGGACCCCCGCCGCCGCCGUCUCGAGCUCGCGUCCGACCAGAUGGACUUCAACGCCGCGGCGCUGGAGACGAGCGGCCUGACGCUGACCUGGCUGCUGUACGAGCUCUCGCGGCGGCCCGCCCUGCAGCGGCGUCUGCGCGACGAAGUCCUGACGCUGGACCCCCCGCUCAUCUUCCCUGAUCAUGCUUCUCCAACGGAUAACAACUACCCGCUACCCGACCCCAAACACCUCGACCAACUCCCCCUCCUCGACGCCGUCCUGCACGAGACGCUGCGGCGCUGGCCCGCCAUCGCAGGAAGACAGCCGCGCAUCACGCCCUCCGUCGUCACGCUGGCCGGAUAUGCAGGGAUACCGGCGGGCGUGACAGUGCAGGCGUACGCGUACAGCUUGCAUCGGAACGGCGAGGUGUUUGCGGAGCCGGAGGAGUGGCGGCCGGAGAGGUGGAUGGUGGGAUCGGAGAACGACCUGGCGGAGAUGAGGCGGUGGUUUUGGGCGUUUGGGAGUGGGGGACGGGUGUGUGUUGGAAGGCAUUUUGCGGUCAAUGCUAUCAAGCAUGCCGUUGCGGCUAUUUAUACGAAUUUCUCGACCGAGCUUGUGGAUGCGGAGGGGAUUGAGCAGGCGGAUGGGUUUAUUCCGUCGCCGAAGGGGGAGAGGUUGGUGUUGAGGUUUCGGCGGGUAUAA